CUGUCUGCCCGCUGCGUCGGCCAUGUUUCCACUCUUCAUCCACCUCCAACUGGCACUGCAGUGCUGAGUGAUGGUUACCAGCAACUGCUUCUCUUUUUGCUUUCUGUUAAGUUGUAAUAAUGAUUUUUUAGACUUUGAUUUCUUUGUUUUAACACAAACACAACAGUAGUCUAAUGACCUCUAGUGGCCUUGAAUGGGACUCUAUGGACUUUCCGCUCGUGGGCUUGCCCCCAGAAUGCAAGUCCCCCUUCCUCACAGAUAAUGAUAACCCCGGUCUCUGGCACUGCCAAAUUCACUCUCUGUGGUCAGUGAGCUCCGCAACAGGCUGCAGUUCAUCCUCCAGGACUGGAGGGAGCAGGAGGUGCAGACUGAGGCAGGAGGAGGAGGAGGAGGAGGAACAGGAGGGGAGAAGACAGUGGAGGAGGGCUGGGAAAGAGCCUGGAGGAUCAGGGAGAGUGAAGGAGGGGGAGCAGACAGCGUUACACCGGGCUGCUGUGGUGGGAAACAGCGACGUUAUCAGCGCUCUCAUCCAGGAAGGGUGUGCACUGGACAGACAGGACAAGGAUGGCAACACUGCUCUCCAUGAAGUGUCCUGGCAUGGCUUCAGCCAGUCUGUCAAACUGCUGGUGAAAGCUGGAGCCAACGUUCAUGCAAAAAACAAGGCCGGGAACACAGCUCUCCACCUCGCCUGUCAGAAUGGUCAUACUCAGAGUUCUAAGGUUCUACUCCUGGGAGGUUCCAGGCCUGACAGCAAGAACCAUGUUGGCGAUACAUGUCUGCAUGUGGCUGCCCGCUACAACCAUGUAGCUGUGAUCCGCAUCCUACUGGGAGCCUUUUGCUCUGUUUCAGAGAAGAACCUGGCUGGGGACACACCGCUACAUGUGGCAGCUGCUUUGAAUCAUAAGAAAACAGUACGUCUGCUGCUGGAGGCAGGAGGAGACAGCCGCAUCUGCAACAAUGCAGGUGAAACCGCUUUGGACCAGGCCAGAGAACAUAACAACCCAGAGGUGGCUCUUCUCCUAACCAAAGCUCCCCAGGUGCAGAGCUUUGUGCGAGGCAGGAGUGUGAGGAAGAGGAGGGACAAGCUGAAGGCAGAGGGCCGAGCUCAAUCGGUGCCCAGAGAUGAGAUGCUGCCCUGUAAGGACAGUGCCUCUGCUGCAGAGGACAGUCAGAGCAGCGACAGAGCCGCCUGCAAACACGCUGAAGUUGCCGAGUCAAACACCAGGAGGGGAAAGAACAGGAGGCAGAGAGAAAAGCCAUUUCUGUCCGACCCCCUGCGCCGCAGAGAGACCAGGCACAGUGAAGCCUUUCACAAGAGGAAAAGUAAAGUGCGAGGAGCCUCCCCUCACACAUCCGUCCCCCCACACAACUUCAAAGCCUAUCAGCUUUACACACUGUACCGAGGCAAGGACGGCAAGAUCAUGCAGGCUCCUCUGAAUGGCUGCCGCUGUGAACCUCUCAUCAGUAAACUGGAGAACCAGCUGGAGGCCACUAAGGAGGAGAUGAAGACUGAGAUCCACACUGUCCAAGACCUAAUGAACAGCAAGAUGGGCCAGCUGGACCGCAAGAACAAACACCAGAUCUGCGCUCUUGAUAAGAUGACAGUAGAGAGAGUGUCAGCAGAGAGGAGUGAGUGUCUGCAGAGGAUCGAGCAGAGGGCCCUGCAGGAGCGACUGGAGGCAGAGAAGAGACAGCAGGCGUCUCUGGUCAGUGAACUGAAGAGCUGGUGUCUGUCCAAACUGCAGAACAUGGAGGUCCGCUUCACAGGAGAGCCCAGCGGCACCAAGCUGCAGCGCUCCUCCUCUGCGGCCGAGGGCCUGAAUGAAGCCGACGACGGAGCCGGCGUCGCCGCGCUGCCCGCCGCACACGAGCUCCACAACAGUCCUACGCUCCUGGACUUCAGCUGCGGGGAACCUGGUGUGGCAGAGGGGGGGUCAGCCAACCACUACUUUGUGGUCCAUGUGGAGAGCUCUCCAGAUGGUGAGAAGGCACAUAACACUGACGUCACCUCUCCUGCGGCGGCUAGGAGGCCGCUGCCAUCGGUCCAGGUGGUUCGGCCCAAGGAGCGUCCAGUGAUCAGUGCUGACAGCCAGAGGAAGAACCAGGACCCGCAGGAUGUCGACAUGGGGGAGGUCAGCGCAAGUGGUGGCGGGGGCCACAGGGCCGGCAGCCUGUCUCCAGCCACAGAGCGCCGCAGCAGGACUGAAGCUGGCCUCAGAGGCAGGGAGCGAGGCUGGGACAGAGGGAAGCACCAUAAAAAGCGUCCCCAGGCCAGGACUAAUGCCAGAGGGGACACAGGGGUCAGGAUUCUGGAGGUAUUUGGAGACCAGCCCGCUGAGCCCUCCUUUGCACAGGAGAGGGAAAACAUGCACGCCAUUGAGGUGACUCAGUACUUCUUUGAGGCGGUGUCGACGCAGAUGGAGCGCUGGUAUGAGAGGAAGGUGCAGGAGGCGCGCUGGCAGGCCGAUCUGAGGGCCCAGGCCGACAGAGCCGCCCUGAUCGAAAGGAUCGCUUAUCUGGAGGACGAGCUGCGCAUGCUCAGGACUAACAAACAUGACGACUGCUGACACAGAAACAUACCACAGCCAGGACCUGACACAAAUCUGGACUGUCACAUGGUCUCUUCCUGGACCACCACAGCUGUACCGAGUACAUCACUGAGUCAGCCAGUGCUGUGGGGCCUGGAUCCACUGCGUGGUGUCAUAACGGAAUAUGGCUCAUGUCUCAGUUCACUGAUGGACUUAAAAAGUUCCACAUCCAGAUCCUGUCCCAUCAGUCUCCGUGGGAGCAGUGAGCUGAUGUGGUGAGAUGUGUACAUACGUGUAGAAAUAGAGGCAGCUCUUGUUCACUGUGUCGUUAACAAACCAG